GGGGGACCCUGGCCAGCCGGCCGUGGUAUAUAGAGCGUGUGGGACCGGCGCGGCAGCGGAGAACUACGCGCGUCCCAGCCCGGGUUUUGGCAGCACAAAGGAAUUGGAUGUUUCAGACUACAGAUAUCUACAAUUUCUUCUUGUGAACUACAAAUCUCAGUAUGGAGGCCUAAGCCCCUUAAAAGGGACUUCAGUCUGAAAUCUGGGAGGUAGUUUUGUGCACAAAUAAAGAAACUAAAGUUAACAAAAUAUAUUUCUGUAUUGACCAGUGUCCUUACUCUUUUAUAUGGCCUGGGAGUUACUCAAAAUCACCUCCAUGCACAAAACUACCUCCCAGAGAAAGACUUGUCCCAUUCUUCCCUAAUAUUUCAUUAUGAACCUAGUGGAAAGCAGCUCGUUCCUGGCUAAUCUGAUGAAUAACAGCACUGUGUGUGAACUGAAGUAUGAGUUGUCGUGUGAACUCUACAGAAUGUCCACGUUUUCUACUUUCCCUCUUAACGUGCCAGUGUCUGAAAGGAGUCUUGCUCGAGCUGGGUUUUAUUACACUGGUGUGAAAGAUAAAGUUAAAUGCUUCAGUUGUGGCUUGAUGUUGGAUAACUGGAAACAAGGCGACAGUGCUCUGGAAAAACAUAAACAGCUCUAUCCUAGCUGCAGCUUUAUUCAGAAUUUGCUUUCAGUUAGUAAUCUUGGAUCAUCCUCUCAUUCAGCCUUCUCACCUCCAGCCACAAUAAACAAUCUUUCACCAUCUUUGCAUUCCAUAACUAUUGCUCCAAGCUUAGAACAAAUUGGCUUUUUCAGUGCUACUUUCUCCAGUUUUCCUCAAGAACCAGUAACUUCUAGGGCAGUUGAGGACCCAUCACACCUGCGACCUAACUUUAAUAAUCCUGCAAUGAGCACAGAAGAUGCUAGACUAUGUACUUUUCAGACAUGGCCCCUGACAUUUCUAUCACCAACAGAUCUGGCCAAAGCUGGAUUUUACUAUACUGGGCCAGGAGACAAAGUUGCUUGCUUUACCUGUGGGGGGCAACUAAGUAACUGGGAACCGAAGGAUAAUGCCAUGUCAGAGCAUCGGAGAUACUUUCCUAACUGCCCUUUUGUGCAAAAUAAAACUAGAGACCAACCAAUAUUCAGCAUUUCUAACCAGAGCAUGCAAACCCACGUGGCUCGUGUUAAAACAUUCAUAAACUGGCCAACAAGAAUUCCAGUUCGACCUGAACAGCUUGCAAAUGCUGGGUUUUAUUACGUAGGUCGUAAUGAUGAUGUCAAAUGUUUUUGCUGUGAUGGUGGAUUAAGGUGUUGGGAGUCUGGAGAUGAUCCAUGGAUUGAGCAUGCUAAAUGGUUUCCAAGAUGUGAGUAUCUACUGCGAAUAAAAGGACGAGAGUUUGUCAAUCAAAUUCAGGCAAGAUUCCCACAUCUCCUUGAACAGCUCUUGUCAACUUCAGAUACCCCUGUGGACGAAAGUGCCAAUCCACCAACUAUUCAUUCUGAAUCUGGAGAAGGCCAUUCAGAAGAUGCAAUCAUGAUGAACACCCCAGUGGUUAAAGCAGCCUUGGAGAUGGGAUUUAGUAGAAGACUAAUAAAGCAGACAGUUCAGAGUAAAAUCUUAGCGACUGAGGAAAAUUACAAGACCGUUAAUGAUCUUGUGUCCGAUCUGCUUACUGCACAAGAUGAAAAAAGGGAAGAGGAGAAGGAGAGACAAUCUGAAGAAGUGGCAUCGGAUGACCUGUCCUUAAUCCGGAAGAAUCGAAUGGCUUUGUUUCAGCAUUUGACAUGUGUGCUUCCUAUCCUGGAGAGUUUACUAUCGGCCAAAGUGAUAACUGAACUUGAACAUGAUGUUAUUAAACAAAAAACCCAAACGCCAUUGCAAGCAAGGGAACUGAUUGAUACAAUUUUAGUGAAAGGAAAUGCAGCAGCCCACAUAUUCCGAAACUGCCUGCGAGAGUGUGAUCCUAUGUUGUACAAAGAUUUAUUUGUGGAAAAAAACAUGAAGUAUGUCCCCACAGAAGACACUUCAGGGUUACCCAUGGAAGAACAACUGAGAAGAUUACAGGAGGAAAGAACCUGUAAAGUUUGCAUGGACAAAGAAGUUUCUAUUGUAUUUAUUCCAUGUGGUCACUUAGUGGUGUGCAAAGAGUGUGCACCUUCCCUAAGAAAAUGCCCUAUUUGCAGGGGGACAAUAAAGGGUACCGUUCGCACAUUUCUUUCAUGAGAGGAAACCUGCAAACUCCUGUUCCUGUGUAUCUUAGCAAUGCUCAAGACUAACCCAGUGAUGUGUUAAGACUGGAAAACUAUAGUAAAGAAGAUGAUGGAUAAAUUACUUGCCUAAUGUGGCUUAUGGGGUAAUAGUGGACUGUUGUGUGAGCAUGCUAGGCCUUAUGCUGCCAAAGAUCUUUUUUGAAACCUGUGUAAGUAACUAUUAAAAAAUGGUGGGAAAAAUAGGUUGGUU